AUGAGCUUUCGCUUCGACCCAGCCGCUGUGCACGCUCACAAUCAUGAGGACUUCUUGGCCGACUUGACUGGAGGAAACAUGGCAGUCGGAAGAUGGAGGCACACGCCAGACGCCUCAUCGUUCGACGACGAUGCGGCUUUUGAAACCGUUCGCGGGGCCAUUAUGUCGGAGACCAACGACCCGCAGAGGCUACACAAAGUCGCGGUUGAGAUUACGGGCCUACUGCCGGCACAUCGGCCUUCUGACGAUGUCCUCAAGUCAGUGUGGAAGUUGUUUGUGGGGUUGGCGCAGCAGACGCCUUCGGGGAACAUUGCGAUGCUGGAUCUGGUGGUGAUCCUCGACCAUUUAGCUCUAUCGCCUAGAACAACGGCUACGGUAAUGGUGAAUGGCUUCGAGCAAUUAAGUCGUCUUCACGGUCUUGACCAAGUCAUCAGAGACUCCAUGACCUCACCGUACCAAUCCACAAACAGGAUAGAAACCCUCACCCGCUGGGUGAACCUCAACGCCUUCGCCUCCCUCCUCUGGUCCUACAACCUCAUCGACGGCCGAGACCACGCCAUCCAGCAGCUCCGCACCGCCUUCGAGGACCGCCGCUCGUCAGACGCAAGCGACCGCGACGGUGCCGACGCGCGGCUUAUGGCUGCUGCGCAGUGGGCUGUUCACUCGUGUCAGAGACUGUAUCAUCUCUCCGUGACGUCUGAGGCGACGUCGCCGUCGGAAGGUCAACAACAGGCGACGAGUGAGGGAACGGGCGAACCCAAUGGAAAGAAGGCGAGGAAGAGUAGCAGUAGCGAUGAGAGAUGGAAGUGCGGACCGCGGUUCAAGGGCCGCGCGGGGUUCUCAUUCAGGAGAUGGGAGUUUUGGCAGCAGGCUUUUGAGGAGGCCAAGGAGUUUGGGGAUUGUGGGAUUGAGGCGAAGGUCGAGGCUGGGGCGGCGGCCGGGAUGAUGGAGAAGGUUUUGUAUGCUGGGUUUGAGAACUAG